AUGUCCGAAUCUGCCACUCCGGAACCCACGACCAAUGCGUUGAAACGUAAAAACGAAGACGUGAGUGACGAACUUGAGGGUUUGGAAAAUGAGUCUUUUUCACAUAACAAAAGGAUUGCUUUAGAUAGUGAGCAAUUGGAGAAAAAAGAGAGUUCUAAUGAUGUGGCUGCCGUGGAAUCAGGGGCUGUUGAUGAGGUAAAGGAGAAAGCUGAAGGUGGGGACCACAAUGAGCAAAAUGAGCAAAGUGAGCAAAGUGAGCAAAACGAAGCGCAUCAGGAUAAUUUUGAAGAAGAAGGUCAGAAAGAGCAGCAAGAGGAGAAGAAGCAGGAGCAAGAGCAGGAGCAAGAACAACAAGAGGAACUGGACAAGCAAGACCAAGAGGAGCACAAUGCUGAACAAAAGGUAAAUGAUGGACAUGAAAAUAUACACGAUGUUGACGAAAAUGCAUCUUCCAAACCCAAUAAGGUACUGCAAGCCGAUGUUGACAAGUUUUUAGAAGAAGCGGCACUCUUAUCCAGUCUAAGCGAACCCCCGGCGGAUGUGCAACCACCUCAAGAGGAAUUGACUCAGUCUAGCGUCGCCGCCAAUCAAAAGGAACAAGAUCUGGAUACAUCUCAAGUGUCCUUCAGAAUGUAUUGUCCAGUUAAGGAAGCCGGUACCAUUGUCGGCAAACAAGGAGCCAAAAUACAUCACUUGAGGGAAAAAGCCAACGUAAAAAUACACAUAAGUGACAACUUGAAAGAUGUCCCAGAAAGAAUAAUCACUGUAAAAGGAACUGCAGAAAAUGUUGCGAAAGCGUUUGGACUUAUUGUGAGGACCAUCUUAGGUGAGCCAGAAGAUACACCGGCAGACUUGAACAGUCAACAGUACAAUUUGAAAUUGUUGGUCCCAAAUGCCAUCAUUGGAUACAUAAUUGGAAAACAAGGGCUUAAGUUUAGAGAGAUUGAAGAGAAUUCUGCAGCAAAGUUGAAAGCCGCGGAACACCCCUUGGGAGAGUCAACUGACCGUGUACUUAGUGUUUUGGGUGUGGCCGACGCCAUCCACAUCGCUGUCUACUUUAUAGGAGAGGUGGUGAUUGAACACAGAGACGCUUUGAAAAAGGGUAGGGUGGUAUUAUACAAUCCCGCAAUUCAUCACCACGACGGGAACCAGCUCGGUGGUCAGCAUCAACCACCACCACCACAUCCCUCGCAACAACACCAACAACAAUCACAUCAACGCUUCCCAAAUAUUCCACAAGCAGGUGUACCAGCAAGCCAAUAUGGCAACCCAUUAGGCUAUCAGAAGCCAUUUCAACAGGACGGCCACCUGCCAUACAAUUUUCCAGUGAUGUUUCAACCUUCUGUACCACCUCAACAACAGUAUGGGCAACUGGCACCACCAGCGCCACCUAUUUCACAAGGAGCGCCUCCCCAACAACAAUACACAGAUGAGUAUAAUAACACCAUGAUUGGUGACGUGAUUGUGAAGGAGCCUGUCCUCGCGGGUGACAAGUACAACCAGGACCUUUACGUGGCCAACUCGCUGAUUGGAUCAGUUAUUGGCAGAGGUGGAAAUAACAUCAAACACAUUAGGGAGAACAGUGGCUGUACAUAUGUGAAAAUUGAACCAGACAGAGGACAAUCCAUUAUGUUGGGAGGAGGCAGGGGUUUGACUAAUAUUAGAAGGCUUACCUUGACAGGAUCGUUGGAGUCCUUCCAAAAGGCAAUUUACUUGAUCAAUCAAAGAAUAAAUGCUGAUAGACAGAGGAAUACGAGAUGA